UUUUACUUCGUGUCACAAGAUAAGACAAAAAAAACAUUGUUAGAAGUAUUUCAAACUCGCGCGUUAUUUUAUAUCGAAAGACGUGCUUAGCGUUGAUCAGUGGAAUUUUGGGAAAUGGUGCUAACAGUGUGGAUAUGGUGCUUUCUUGUGUCGGCAAGUCAAGUGGUAAUAGCUUUGGAAAAUGGAUUAGCUAAGACACCACCCAUGGGGUGGUUAGCCUGGGAAAGAUUUAGAUGUAAUACUGACUGCAAAAACGAUCCUGACAAUUGUAUAAGUGAUCAACUAUUUCGAACAAUGGCAGACAUUGUUGUAGCAGAUGGUUAUGCAGCAGUAGGAUAUGAAUAUAUUAAUAUAGAUGAUUGUUGGUUAGAGAAAGACAGAAAUUAUAAUGGUCAAUUGGUCCCAGAUAGGAAACGUUUCCCAUAUGGCAUGAAAAAUUUAGCUGAUUAUAUACAUUCAAAAGGACUUAAAUUUGGAAUUUACGAAGAUUUUGGCAAUUACACAUGUGCUGGUUAUCCUGGAGUAAUUGGAUAUCUAGAAACUGAUGCAUUGACCUUUGCAUCUUGGGAUGUAGAUUAUGUAAAACUUGAUGGGUGUUAUGCACAUCCAUCAGAAAUGGAUAGAGGAUAUCCAGAAUUUGGAUUCUAUCUAAAUCAAACAGGCAGACCUAUGAUAUAUUCAUGCAGUUGGCCUGUUUAUCAAAUUUAUGCUGGUAUGCAGCCAAACUUUACUGCAAUAAUAGAACAUUGCAAUCUCUGGAGAAAUUUUGAUGACAUACAAGAUUCUUGGAACAGUUUAGAAAGUAUUAUUGAUUAUUAUGGAAAUAAUCAGGAUUCUAUUGUACCAAAUGCUGGACCUGGACACUGGAAUGAUCCUGAUAUGUUAAUUAUUGGUAACUUUGGUUUAAGUUAUGAACAAAGUAAAACGCAAAUGGCUCUAUGGGCUAUUUUAGCUGCACCUUUGUUAAUGUCUGUUGAUCUUCGAACAAUCAGACCAGAAUAUAAAGCUAUUUUACAAAACAAAAAAAUAAUUGCUGUGGAUCAAGAUCCACUUGGUAUACAAGGUCGUCGUAUAUAUAAACAUAAAGGUAUUGAAAUAUGGGCACGACCAAUAACGCCAAUACAUCAAUCAUAUUAUUCUUACGCAAUUGCGUUCUUGAAUAGAAGAACAGAUGGUACACCUUCGGACGUUUCAGUUACAUUAAAAGAACUUGGUUUACAAUAUCCUGGAGGAUACAAAGUAGAAGAUUUAUACGAAGAUGUGAACUAUGGUGUCUUAUUGCCACAUACAAAGAUAAAAGUUAAAGUAAAUCCAUCUGGGGUAGUUAUUCUACGAUGUGAUUUACAACUUGAAGACAUCUAUACCUCAAGUCAUUAUACAUCUUAUGAGCCUUUAAAUCAAGUUUUUAAAGUUAGGCAAAAUCCAUAUGAAUAAUGAGAUGUUCAAUAUUACAUUUCUUUUUGGUUUCUUUUUACUAUAAAUAUUUGAUCAUGCUAUAAUAUAUUUCCGAAAAUAAGAAGUAAAAAGUUUUAUAUAAGUCGUUUCCAAGGCCAUUGCCACAUUUGUGUACACCUUUCUGGAUGUGGCAUCAUAGCCAAGUGUCGACCGUCAGUUGAACAUAUAGCAGCUAUACCCUCUAAUGAAAAUGAUUUGUUCUUUUAUAAUUUUAUAUAUAGAUAAGUUUAUAUAUAUUAUUAUUUUAUAAAACUUACACACAUAUUUAUCAACUCACCUAUGCUACCAUUGGGAUUGAAUGGAUAUUUAUCAGUGGGAUUACCAUAAUCAUCGGUAUAUUUAAUCGCAAGACAGUUUAAUUUUUUCAGUGUAUACAAUAAUUCACUGUUGCGAAAUGUAAAUCUUCCUUCACCAUGUGCAAUCCAUACACCAAAUACACUACCCUCCAUUCCUUGCAGCAUGAUAGACGGUGAUUUUUCAAUUCUAACAUUACUCCAUCGACAUUCAAAUCUUUCUGAUAUAUUAUGAUCUAAGAAAAUAUCUGGUUCUUCUUUACAACCUAUAGAAAUAAUACGUAGUAUCUCUGCAUGCCAAAAUUUUAUAUUUUUCUAUAUAACAUACAAAUUUACCAUUGUCUUUUCCAAUCCAUCCUAACAAACUCAUUAAUUGACAGCCAUUACACACUCCUAAACUGAACGUGUCUUUGGAAUUAACAAAUAUUUCUAACUGUUUUUCUAAUAGUGGGUGAAAUUUCAAACACGCCGCCCAUCCUUUUGCAGAGCCUAAAACGUCUGUAAAUAAUUUUCAUUAUUAAAGGAAUACAUAUAAA